GAAAAACCAUUGGAUGAGGCUAAAGAUCAAACCUUAGAAAUGUGUUUCUGUCUCCAUAGCUGUGAGCAGAUAUUUGGUGAGAAAGUGAUACAGACACCAGCCGUGCGUUGCCUUUCCAGCUCAACAACUGAGAAUCAUUUUCAACCCUCGCUCUUGAUUGCUUUAUCAAAUGCCCAAAAACAGCAAGGCCGUCAAGAGAGAACUUGACGACGAUGUCACAGAGGCUGUCAAAGACCUGCUUUCCAACGAGGACGCCUGCGACGAUACCUUCAAAAAGAGCUCGCUGAUCGUCAACAACCACGACGGACAAGUGAAGGAUUGCGAUGUGGAGGAAGGCGGCUCAGACGGAGACGAGGAGGAGGAAGAACGUCCAGCCUGGAACAGCAAGCUCCAGUACAUCCUGGCCCAGGUCGGGUUCUCUGUAGGCCUGGGAAACGUCUGGAGGUUUCCCUACCUGUGCCAGAAGAAUGGAGGAGGUGCCUACCUGGUGCCCUAUUUCAUCCUACUGGUGUUGAUCGGCAUCCCGCUGUUCUUCCUGGAGCUCGCCGUAGGACAGCGGAUUCGCAGAGGCAGCAUCGGGGUGUGGAACUACAUCAGCCCUCGGCUGGGGGGUCUUAUCCACCCCAGCUGUCCACCGUGUGACCGUGUCCACCACAAGAGUGAAAGACAAAACAAGAUAGAGGUCUUCAACAACAACUGGACCUGA